GUAUGACGUCAGUAAAUUAGACACGGAAGUUGUGUUCAGCCUUUUAGUUGCGCGUCCUGCAAUCAGAAGGGCAUCUUUAUGUCAAAAUGAUCGGGAAAGUCAUCGGUCAAAAGUAUGCGGCUAUCGCUAAAUCGUGGGUUCCUACUUUGGCCUUAUGGGGCACAACUGGAGGUGUAACCCUGGUUUACCUCACAGACUGGCGAGUGAUUUUGGAUUAUGUUCCUUACAUCAAUGGCAAAUUCAAGAAGGAUGACUAGUGGCUGUCAGGGUGGAUUUUUUUCCCUUUUUUUUAAUACAAAGAUCACCAGAAUGGACAUGCACCACUGCAUCUGGUAUUUUGCACUGUGGUCCUACUGCACGGACGGCCACUGGAGCCCAUCGCCUUCAUCCAGCAGCUCAUUCAACACUGGACUGUUCACAGGGGGGUUCGGGUGUUCUCUGCCAGUGAAAACGGGAAUUAAAGAAAAACGAAACAUAGUAUGACAAAGGCACCUUUGUCUUAUUUUCCUGUUUGUUUUGUUUUCUUUGGAGGACAUCUAUUUAUUUCAAUCCUCUGUGUUCGUGGGUCAAAUUUGAUUCCCAACUGUUUUUCAUGGAGAAGUAAAGUGUGUGUGAUCCAUCCUAA